CCUGUUUACACUCGCACCCCAUCAUUUCCUGUUUCUGAAGCUCGCGUAUAAACAACGCAGUAUGACCGAAACAGCAGGUUAUGUAGUCAGUUCUGUUUAUUCUUUACCUAGCUGUCGAAUUUAGGCUGUUCGCAUUUGCGGGCAUAAAAAACGGUAACUAUGCCUCUGUCCGAUCAAGAACAGAGAAGCCCCAGAAGAAAACGACGGAGCCGAUCUGGCAGCGGCAGUCGAUCUCGCGACUCCAGUCCAGUCUUUGGUCCCAUGCCCAAGGCCCCCAAAUAUGAAGAAGACCAUAAACCUCCUCGAAUGUCCGACAGGGAGAGAGAAAUGAGAGCGAGAAAUGCCAAAAGGUUUCGUACGGAAAACCCCCGCGAGAGGUACAAUAACCACGGCUGGUCCGAUCAGCGCGGCGAUGGCAGAUAUGGAGGUGGCGGCAGGAAUGAUUACUACGAACGGGAUGAUGCUCAAUGCCAGAGACAAGACGCCUUCAUCUCGAGGUAAAUGUAGUUCGCGCGCAAGUUAAUUAGUUACCACCUGGUCUCACAGCUGUGUAGCCCUAUUUAUGCACAACUAGCUAGCAUCCGUGCAAAUACAUUGUCUGGCUCACACUAUCUAACGACAUUGUUUCAAGGGUUUGUGAAAUCAUGUUUAAAAUGAGCCAAAGCUGGUCCUGGGCCACAGAUAGUUGGCUUUCGUUCAAGCCCAAGAUGCCAAGACACCGGACUCAACUAAUCCCAGCCUUGACAAUUUGAUUCAGGUGUGUUAACUCUGGACUAACCUAAAGUAGUAGGCGUAAAAUAAACUCCUGAAACUAGAGCCCCAACAUACUAAAAACUGUUGAGGGAGGUUCUCUUCUGCACUUUUCAACCAAUCCUGUAAAUGUGGAGGAGAAGUUAAAAUGUAUUAUGAACAGGGUGGUUCGAGCCCAUAAUGCUGAUUGGCAGAAAGCUGUGGUUAAUCAGACCAUAUACCACUAGUAUGACAAAAAGUCUUUAUUGUUCUAAUUAGUUUGGUCCUGGCCUGGCCUCCUCCCUAUAGGCUGUAUCAUCUGUUGUCGUCAGCAAAAUUAAUGAUGGUGUUGGAGUCGUGCCUGGUCAUGCAGUCAUGGGUGAACAGGGGAGUACAGGAUGGGACUGAGCACGCACCCCUGAGGGGCCCCCGUGUUGAGGAUCAGCGUUGCAGAUGUGUGGUUACCUACCCUUACCACCUGGGGAAGGCCCGUCAGGAAGUCCAGGAUCCAGUUGCAGAGGGAGGUGUUUAGCCUCGACUGCGCGACAAAUGUCAUACAUUUUGGGCAGCAGGCGUGUCAGUAUAGCUUCUCCCUCGGCAGAGGCUAGCUCUGGACUAAGUGGAUUCCAGGCUGUUGGAACUUGUACAUCCUGUGUCUCUAGCCUAGGACCACAAUUGGUCAUCACUCAAUUGGUCACAAGGUUUAAUGUAUUUCUUGUAUAUUUCUAAUUAUAUGAAUUUCAUUCCAGGCGGCUACAAGAGAGGGAGAGAAUUGGUGAACUUGGAUCACCUGAGGUCUGGGGCUAUUCACCAAGAGUAAUGGCGCCAGAGUAAGUAAUUGUUAUGCAUCUUAUCGAACUAAUCAAGUACAGGAUUUUGAAGAGUUGUGCUAUACACACCAACUAUCAAAUAAUCUACAUUUAGAUCAUUUUGUGACCUUUUUCAAUAAGCUCUGAUGAACAUACACCAGUUGAAGAGGAUGUGAAAAACAGCAGCUCAGAUUCAAGCUCAUCGGGUGAGUAUGCUGAAUUAGCUAGUAGUCUUUAUAAUAAUCCUUCUAUGAAGGUCUGUCCUGAAUUAGCCUAUAUCUGACUGAAUGACAUGCAUUGACUAGUCAAGAACAGUGUAAACUGGGCAUAUUAUAUUAUGUGCAGGACCAGUCAAAAGUUUGGACACACCUACUCAUUCCAGGGUUUUUCUUUAUUUUUACUAUUUUCUACAUUGUAGAAUAAUAGUGAAGACAUCAAAACUAUGAAAUAACACAUAUGGAAUCAUGUAGUAACCAAAAGUGUUAAACAAAUCAAAAUAUAUUUUAUAUUUAUAGAUUCUUCAAAGUAGCCACCCUUUGCCUUGAUGACAGCUUUGCAGGUGUGUCCAAAUUUUUGACUGGUACUGUAGUAAGUCAAAUGUAUGAUCUGAUUACACCCUUGAAUUGGGGAGAGAUCAAGACAAGUGCACUCUAAUUCGUAGACGAUAAGAAGAAGAAGAAGAAGAAGAAGAAGAAGAAAUCCAAAAAGAAGAAGAACAAGAAACACUCCGAUGAUAGCGAGUCAGAGUCGGACUCCGGUGGUGAGAAAUGUUUCACCUUAAAAAAUGUUAAAUUCAAUUACAAAGGCUGCUUGUCCGGCUAAGUUUAUUUCACCCUCUGUUUUCUUUCAGACGAAGAAGUGAAAAAGAAGAAGAAGAAGAAGAAGAGCAAAAAGUAUGUUAAUCUACGUUCUACCUCUAGUCAACCGUACCUAACAUAAAUACUUGACAUACCUAUACACUACAGUGUCUUCCCAUACCAUGUUUUGUCACAGGUCAAAGAAGUCCAAGAAGAAGAAGACUAAGAAGAACCGCAAGCAGUCCGUGAGUGACUCCAGCAGCGACGGGUCGGAGGAGGAGGACGCCAACGGGGAUCUGUGGGUGGAGAGGACCUGCAUUGACGAACACAUGGUGGGCCCUGAGGCCCCACUCACCCACCUGUCCCAGGACGACAAGCCUCUCGAGUAAAUAUACAUAGAAGGAUCUUUCUUACAUUCAAUAAUCUACUCUGUGCUGUGGCUGGGGUUAUGCCAUUGCAAAGUUAUGGAAACAAUUUGAAAUUCCUCUCAGAUGUUGUUAUGAAGUUAUAAUAACCUUAUUACAACGUUUUAUUUAUUAUGACGUUAGAGAUGUUAGUAUCUUACUAUUGUUAACAUUGUAAGGGAUACUCCAUACUGUCUGCAACUCUUGUAAUUAUGUGGCAUUAGGUAGAAAAGGGUCGUAUUAAUUAGUGCACACCGUAGCCAAAUCUUAAGCACUUUAGCAGAACGGUUUGCAAUGGAAAACGAAAACCAGCAUUUCUUAUUGGACACAUUCAGGUAGCCCAGUUUAUUUCCUAGUGAAUAUGACCCAAGCACAUAAAUUUUAGGGCGCUGCUAGGUACAUACAACUUGCUUCCACAGUUUGUCAUGACAUUACCAGCUUUUAAAAUGCAGCUCUAGUCUUUAUUUUUUAUUAUCAAUGAAUGGCUGAUUUAUUGAUUUACAUAACUUUUCCCUUUCCCCCUAGUUUUGGUCAUGCACUGCUGCCAGGUGAGGGUGCUGCUAUGGCAGAGUACGUCAAAGCAGGCAAGCGUAUCCCAAGAAGAGGUGAAAUCGGGUUGACCAGUGACGAAAUCGCAACCUUUGAGAUGUCUGGCUUCGUGAUGAGCGGUAGCAGGUACAUUAGUACUCUUCUGUUUUCAUUUUGACAUUUGAAAUAUUUUAUCAUAUUUUACACAUUUGGUUGACUGCUUUGUAACGCUCAUUGCAAUUUUGUAACCCCCAGACAUCGUCGUAUGGAGGCUGUGCGUCUGAGAAAGGAAAACCAGAUCUACAGUGCGGAUGAAAAGAGAGCCUUGGCAUCCUUCAACCAGGAGGAAAGGAGAAAGAGGGAGAGCAAAAUCCUCUCCAGCUUCAGAGAAAUGGUGUACAGGAAAACUAAAGGCAAAGAGGACAAAUGAGGCUUUUUGUUCCUCCCCUUUCGGAACUUUCUGCUUCUGAGAACUUUUUCUCCCAACAUUAUCUUUUGUUGUGUUUAUUUUCUCAUCGUUUCAUGAUUUGAGAAUGUUAUUUUUUUCCUCUUUGUAUUGGGAAUUAGACUAAUAUAUUACUUAUAUUUUAAAGCAUCUCUGACACAGUGGACUAUUUUGUUUAUUUAGAAAGUAGUCCAUUUGAUAUUGGAAAGUGCUUGUUUGUCACAAAGCAAACGUAUUCAAAAACGAGCACAAGACUGGACCAUGCAGAUGUAUGGUGUAUAGAUUUGGAGAGCCAUUUUGUAUUGGGCUAUUACAAUAUUGUGCAUCCUAACAUA